AUGAACGCAGUCUUUGGCGCCAUACCCAUCCUUUUCAGGAACCCGUCGGUCUACGGCUUGUCCCGCAUCACCAACAGCCUCUUCAUCAGCAAUGGCGAGGCGGCGAACAACAAACUCUUCCUCUACGCUAACCGCAUCACCACCGUAAUCAACGCCACGGUGGAAGUGGUCAACACUUACUUCCCAGACAUUUACUACAUCCACGUCCCCGUCCUGGACUACCCCUCCGCCCGCAUUUAUGACUUCUUCGACCCCGUAGCCGAUAAGAUCCAGGCGGUCGACCGGAAUCAGGGCCGGACCCUAGUGCACUGCGCCGCUGGGGUCAGCCGCUCGGCGGCCCUGUGUAUCGCCUACCUGAUGAAGUACCACUCCAUGUCUUUGUACAACGCCCACGAUUGGGUGAAAUCCUGCCGUCCCGUCAUCCGUCCCAAUCUCGGUUUCUGGGAACAACUGGUAGAAUACGAGUAUCACCUCUUCGGGAAAAACAGCGUCAAAAUGAUUCAGUCCCCUAUAGGCCGCAUCCCUGACCUCUACGAAAGCGAGGUUAGAGUCAUGAUUUCGAUGUGA